AUGAGCAGGGCCAGAUCGCGGGAUUGCGAUUUUUGUGCCAAACUGAAAAGUUUCGAACAAAAGAAGUUCUUCAACGCUCGGGACCUUACGGGCGUCACUUCCCUGUUCCCCGCGGGCCUGGUGUGGCUGGGGUGCUGUGGGUGCCCGGCCAUGUUCAGACGGGGAGUAACCCUGAUCAAAAGCUUUCCAGCCAAACUCGCCAAAGUCCAGACUCUCUGUCCUCCCUUCCCCUUCGCCCCGUCUUCAAACUCCAAACUCUCGUCCUCCGAAACCCAUCCAGGCCGGUGCGGGUACCUGCUGCCGGUCCUGCUGUUAGCAACUGUGAUCGCGGUCAUCUUCACACUGAGCAACUCGGGCUCGAGGCCUCUAGAACGAUGCCUGGCUCGGCACUUGAGGGAGCGUGCGUCUUCGCCCCUGGAAGUCGUACACUUUGGAGCCGCCGCGCAGAUUGCCGCACAUGUGGGCGAGCCGCGUGGAGAGCUGCUCUGGGCGUGUACCCAAGUCCAACAGGCGCUUCGCGGCACCUCGCCGACGGCCUGCGCCGACCCAGAUGAGGAUGAGGGUGAGGAUCGCGGUGAGACCAAGGACAAGACCCGUGCCGGCGGCUGCGUGUUUGUGGAGCUAGGCGGGCCGGGGCUGUGUGCGUUUGAGGUGGCGAAGCAGAUGCCCGGUGUGGCGGUCAGGCUGCUGCCGUCGUCGCCACGGCUGGCGAACAUGUCGGCUGCGCUUAACGGCGGGGUCGGCAAUGUACGGCUCCUUAGCGUGGAAGAGCAGGAGGAGGGGGAAGCAGCGGGGGCCAGCGGCGGCGGCGGCGGCGAGAGGAAGGCCGGUGGUGAUGGCGGCUUGUUGGCGGGGCUGUUACAGUCGUUGUCGGAGGAGGAGGAGGAAGGGGAGGAGGGAGCGGAGGAGGAGGAAAAAGGGAAUAAAGGUGGCAAGAAGAAGCGGCGGAGUAUGACGUCAACGUCAGGGUCGUCGCUGUCCAUGGUGGUACAGGUCAACCUACACCACGCGCUAAGUAACACCGCGCGCGACGCGGAGCUGAAGCUUGUUCGGGAUCUCCUAGCACGUGGUGCCGUACAUGCAGCAGUCGUACUGAUUCCGACAGGCUCUGGUGCUGGUGCUGCUGCUGCCGCUGCUGCUGCUGCUGGUGUGGUUUCUGUUUCCGGAGCGGUCCUGGUAGCGCGGCAGCGUGCCGCGGACAUCGUAGGCGCGGCUGCGGCAGCGAAUCUGAAGGCCUACUGGGGAGGUUUUGACGGCCUUCCCGUCUCUGAAGAUGAUCUCCGAAAGGGCACCUGGCCCCGGCCGGCGGCGGAGCCGCCGCAGCUCGCAGCGCUUACCGGCAUAUUCCUCGCCCGCAGCCGCGCGCCACCCCCCGCAGUACACCUCCUCGUGCCGCUGCGUGUAUUAAACCGCGACGCGCGCGACGGCCUCGUAGGGGACCUCUGCCACUACCUCCUGGACACAGCCGCCGUGAACAACCUAACGGUCCAUGUGGUUGGCCUAACGCCCACAACUGACAACGAGAAACCGUUGUUGGCCGGCAACAAGUUUGAGCAGAAGCUGCAGAAGCUGCCAUUGCUUCACCAAGCCGUGAUGAAGUCGCCUUCAAUUGCGCCCUCGGAUAUUGUCAUUACAGUAGAUGCGAUAGAUACGGUGGCGCAGGCGCCAGCGGCGGUGCUGCGGGAGGCGUACUUAAGGGUGGGCGCACCGGUUAUGUCGGUUGCGACGGAGGUUAAUUGUUGGCCGCGGGGGUUGGCGCCGUUUUGCCGCAUGUACGGCCCUGCACCUCUGGCGCGCGUGGUACCAGGCAAGGGGGUUCAGCAGCAGCAGCAGCAGCAACGGCGGCAGGAGAGGCAGCGGCGACAGGAGAGAAGGCGGCAGCUUUUGUCAGACGAAGCGGAGGCGGAGGAGUGGCGCCGGGCGGAUGCUGCUGCACGGGAGGAGCUGGAGGUCCGGGGCUUGCUGCCGAACAAGUAUAUCAACAGCGGUGGCUUCAUGGGCCGGGCCGUCGUGGUGGCCAAAUACCUUAAAGACGUCGUAGACCACGUCAACGGCGUGGUGACCACCUCCAGCUGGUACCCCGACGCAUGCAGCUGCGUGGAGCCCGACGACCAAGCCCUCCUUACCUGUGCGCACCUCUUCGAUGACAACCCCUACGGCAUCACCUUGGAUUACCGAUCCGAUUUCUUCUAUAGCAUAUUCCUCGCCUCGCAGCAUCUGGCCCCCAGCGGCAGCACCAGCGGCAGCCAGCGGCGCUGGGUGUACAACCUCACCUCCGCCACGCCCUUCAUACUGCACGGAAACGGUUGGGACGGCAAGGAGCGGCUUGGACAGCUGCGCGAGCUGAUUGUUGGGUCGGGCGGGCAAAAGGGGGAAUGGGCACUCAAGUCGCCCAUUGAGUUGUGCGGCUUGGAUGAGGUGGGAAGUCCGCGAAUGUGGCCGUGCCGUCCCUUGCUAUCGCGGCUGCUCUUAAUGCGUGCGGUCUGGUCAGUACUGGUGUUGGAAGGAAGCGCAGCCUGA